AUUACCCCCAAAGCUGAGUUGUUGAUUACAAGGUACACAGCUUCGAACAGAGAGAGAAAAUAUGCGCAUCAGUUUCUGGUUUGAAUAAGUUGUCGACAUACAACGUUUGAGGUUUGGUUGAGACACUUGACGGAACUGUUUACGCGAUACCGAAACAUCUAAACGCCGAAUCAACACAAUGGACAGCCGUCCAGCCCAGAAGACAUGGGAGAUGUCGAACAGCAUGGAAACGGUGAACAGUAUCGAUGAAAUCUACCGCUACGACAAAAAACAACAACAAGAUAUACUGGCUGCAAAGCCAUGGGAAAAGGAUCCUCAUUAUUUCAAGUUCAUCAAGAUCUCUGCCUUGGCCCUGUUGAAGAUGGUGAUGCAUGCUAGGUCAGGUGGUAACCUAGAGGUCAUGGGACUGUUGCUGGGCAAAGUGGAUGGUAAUGUCAUGGUUGUCAUGGACAGUUUUGCACUCCCUGUGGAAGGAACAGAAACACGAGUGAACGCUCAGGCUCAGGCAUAUGAGUACAUGGCUGCAUACACAGAAUUAGCCAAGCAGGUGGGCCGCCUGGAGAAUGUGAUAGGCUGGUACCACAGUCACCCAGGCUAUGGCUGCUGGUUAUCAGGGAUUGAUGUCAGCACACAGAUGUUAAACCAGCAGUUUCAGGAACCCUUUGUAGCCAUAGUGGUGGAUCCAGUUAGAACCAUCUCUGCAGGCAAAGUCAACCUGGGAGCCUUCAGAACAUUCCCCAAGGGGUACAAGCCGCCAGAUGAAGGACCCUCAGAGUAUCAGUCCAUACCACUCAAUAAAAUUGAAGAUUUUGGAGUCCAUUGCAAACAAUAUUACUCUCUAGAUGUUUCCUAUUUUAAAUCAUCUCUGGACCACAGGUUACUGGAAUCUUUGUGGAACAAGUACUGGGUCAACACACUGAGCUCCUCCAGUCUUCUCACGAAUGCAGACUACACGACGGGACAGAUAUUUGACCUGGCUGACAAACUGGAGCAGUCUGAUGCGCAGCUGGGCAGGGGUGGCUUUAUGCUUGGUAUGGACUCUCAUGAGAAGAAAUCUGAGGACAAGUUAGCAAAGGCCACCAAGGAUGGAUGUAAGACAACGAUUGAAGCCAUCCAUGGUUUGAUGUCUCAAGUCAUGAAGGACAGGCUGUUUAACCAGGUCCAUGUGAAGCCCCUGGGGCAAGCUGACCCACCUGCUCAGUGAAGGUGGAAGUAAAGAUGAGGGUAAGUAGGUGUAACCCACCUGCUUUUGAAUGGGGAGACAGGUGUAAAUCACAUACUCUCACACACUGUUCCACAAAGGUUUCAGAACUUGGAGGAUCUAUCCUAACAGACACUGCCAUGAUGGUUAUGAUGACAAGGUAGCAACAACAUUGAUCACUGUGUGGAACAAGUUCCUGAUGGUGGUCACAACAUGUUGUAUAGGUCAUCAUCAACAGGUGUGGUGGCAGGGACAGUGGUCAUCAUCAAGAACUGUGGUGGCAAGGACAGAGGUCAUCAUCACUACCCAGGGAUAUCUGUCAUCAUCAGCAACUGUUACAGCUUUUCAGGCCAUCUCAGGUCAAGUAUAGAACAGUACUGAUUGGAUGGAUUGUUGAGAGGCCUGUGCAAGACGGAUGAAAGAUGGAUAUUGAGUAAUGUGUCCAAAAACAUUGACAAAUGUUUUCUGCUGAUCCAUGUACAUGAAGGAUAACCAGACAGGAAGCGCAAUGUGUGCGUCAGCUUUGCUACAGAUACAUCCUUUAGCCCCAGUGAAAUGUAACAAAAGCCUGUAAUAAAAAUUACGUGCAGACUGUGUUCAAACUUUGGGUUACUUGAUUGAUGGUCCCAGUUUGCAAGUUACAACACAGUAUGGACUACCUAGCUUUUUCCGUUAUAUGCCAUGAUAUGUGCAGUGCUGAUCAGAUUAGUGGAAGAACAUUUUGUAUAUAGAUAUAUAUAUAUGUAUUGACUUCAGCAUCUGUUGGAAAUAAACAGAAUUAUAAAAAACGGAAAAGAAAAUGU